GAUGAUCAAAGUAAGUCUGUUGAAAGGACGCAUGCAAAAGAACAAAAAACCCUAGAGGUACUUUAAGAAGCAAAUGAAGGAAAGUUUCACUCAGCUUGUACAACCGAGGAAAGAUGUUGUAACCGACCUCCAAUGCAACUUCGAAAGAUAUCAACUUUGAACAAAGAGAAACGACAGUCAGAGCCAACUACAACUCCUAAAUGUAACAUCACAAGGGGUUACUGCCCGAACUGUGGAAACGCCUCAAUCAGUGUAGAUGGAUUAAGGAUAGUCAAUGGAACAGUUGCUGCAGGAAAUGAGUAUCCUUAUCAAGUUGUUGUUUAUUCGGACUUUGGUCCUUGUGGAGGCUCAAUUAUAAAGAAAAAAUGGGUCAUGACAGUUGCCCAUUGCCUUCGUGACGAAAAUGGGAGCAAUGCUUCGUUAUCUACCCUGUGGGUCGGUUAUGGUAGCAGGAGAUGUCAGAAUCAAAUGUCUGUAAGGGCAGUCCGUUACAUUGUUCAUGAAGACUUUGAUCCUUACCUACAAGGCGAAGAUUUACUCCGGUGGCACUCUGAUAUUGCCCUCAUUGAGCUUCAGACCGAACUCAACUUUGAAACCGGCAAAGCAGUCAAGCCCAUCUGUCUGGGAGAGGAAUCAGAUAUAAUCGGUGGAGUGAAAGCAGUAGUCAGUGGUUGGGGAGAUUUAUACGAUGGUAAGUAUUACAAGUAG